GAUCUUGCUAAGCCAGCUAUCGAAAUGGCUGAUGCUGGGAAUUAUGUCUUAGAUUCACCCGGCACAGAUAGCGCUGGGGACAGAGAAGAAGAAGAGCAGGUAGACGCUCUUACGAUUGGCUUAUCAAGUUGUAUUGGCAUACGAGCCAAUUCCAAAUCGCCUCCGCCUGGGAACGAUCUUGACUUCCUAAACGGCCGGUAUUUGUCUAUUUAUUUUCUUUUUUACGUUAUAGUGUUUUUUUGUGCAUGUGUGCAAUAUCUCCGGAUACCAUUUCGUUCAUUCGACUGCAUAUAA